AUGGACGACUGGGGAAGCCAACCAAUGAAGGUGAUGACAGAAGACUGGAAGGUAUGACUGUUUACUUCGUCCACUUACUCUCCAUGCCUACCUGCAGUGCCGGUGGCCGUUACUGGCCGGUCAUAGAAGGAGCUGUCGAUUGUGGAAAGCGAACCAUGGACGAUUGGAGGAACCAACCAUGGAAGGCGCGGAGGGAAGACUGGUAGGUAUGACUCAGUACUUCCUACAGUUACCCUCCAUGCCUACCUACAGUGCCUGUAACCGUUACUGUCCCGUCAUAGAGGGAGCUGACGAUUGUGGAGAGCCGACCAUGGACGACUGGGAAUGCCAACCAUGA